UUUUUUUUUACUUGAUCAACCCAGUUAAUUAAAUAAGAAUGGAUUUUUCAUAUUGUUUAACAAAAGAUGUACAAUUACCUGUCACUAUUCGAAUGUCAGUUUAUUUAUAUAUACACAUACUAUUUUUUUAACUGAAUAUACCUAUAUCUAUAUAUGUGUAUAUAGUUCGACUUUAGAAGGAAAAUAUGGUUCCGACCAAGAUAAUGAAAUGUUACCUGAAUUAUAUGUAACUGUUCAAAUAUUCGGUGAUAAUAAACCUUUAACUGUACCUGUAAAAACGAGUUAUAAACCUUUUAAACAUCAUUGGAGUUGGAAUGAAUGGUUGACUUUACCUAUUAAAUAUUGUGAAUUACCUUCAUCAGCACAGUUUGCUAUCACAGUAUGGGAUACUAUUGGGCCACGUAAAGUGAAGCCUGUUGGAGGAACUACACUACAAAUAUUUAGCAAACAAUUUACACUUCGAAAGGGUAAGCAUAAAUUAUAUCUUUGGGCAAACUGUGAAGCAGAUGGAAAUCAUAAUACGUCUACACCAAGUAAAUUAAAAAAGAAUGAUAAUGAAAUGGAUAAACUUGAAAAACUUGUUAAGCGAUACGAUUGUGGUGAUAUAUGCCCUGAAGAAUGGCUUGAUGUGAUGGCGUUUAGACAAAUCGAAAAUAUUCAUAAAAAAGUAUCUCAUACCUUGACUGACUUGGCUUUGUAUGUUGAUCUACCUAAAUUUGAUUUCCCUAUUGUGUACGGUGAAAUGGAAUACGAUUUACCGGGACCUUUUUCUUUUACAUCAGCAAUAACUGGGACAGAGCAGCCACAAAUUCCUCUGAGGACAGCUUUAAGUCAACAAAUCUAUCCUGAGACUAUAAAUCAUCAUCAUGUAUCACAUCAAUAUUCUCUUGUACUUGAUCCUGAUAUACAAAGAGACAAUCCAGUAGAAGCCAAACAUCGUCGUUUAGUACGUAGUCAUCGUAAUGGUCCUCUUGAUCGAGAUCUUAAGCCAAAUCCUAAAAUACGUGAUGAAUUAAACAGUAUCAUGUCAUAUCCACCAACUCAAAACUUGACACCAGAAGAAAAGGAUUUAGUUUGGAAAUUUAGAUUUUAUCUUACCAGAGAAAAAAGAGCUUUAACAAAAUUCUUGAAAUGUGUCGUUUGGACAGAUCCUAUCGAAAUUAGACAAGCAGUUGAUUUAUUACCUCUUUGGGUCGAUAUUGAUGUUGAUGAUGCUUUAGAGCUUCUAGGAAAAGAAUUUGAAAAUAGAGCAGUUCGUUCUUAUGCUGUUAAUCAAUUAAAAAAGGCCGAUGAUGAUGAUCUGUUAUUAUAUUUGUUACAAUUAGUUCAAGCUUUAAAAUUUGAAUAUACAGAUGAUAAGGAUCCUGAUCCAAAUAGCUCUUCUCUUGUUCAAUUCUUGAUUGAUCGUGCUAUAAGUAAUCCUAUUCUAGGCACUUACUUACAUUGGUAUGUUAUGGUAGAAUGUGCAGAUAAAGUAUAUGGUAAAUUAUACGCCAAGGUCGCCUAUCAUUAUUUUCAAGAUCUUUUAGAGAUACCCAAUGGUUAUAACAGAAGAGAUGGAUUAAGAAGUCAAGGUGAACUGAUUGCUCAACUCUCAAAAUUAGCUAUGGAAGUUCGUACGAUGAAAGAGCCUCGACUUAAGAAGAUUGAUCAAUUAAGAGCUAAAAUAGUAGAUCCCAAAAGAAAGCUUUCAGAAUUUAGUGCUUUAACUCUUCCACUAGAUCCUACAAAGACUGUUAUUGGCAUUAUUCCUUCUAAAUCAAGUGUAUUUAAUAGUAAUCUUCAGCCUUUAAGGAUCACAUUUCAAUGUGUAGACGGUUCAGAAUAUCCAAUUAUUUUUAAAUUUGGUGAUGAUUUACGACAAGAUCAGUUGGUCAUUCAAAUCAUUUCCUUGAUGGAUAAACUGUUACUGAAAGAGAAUUUAGAUCUAAAGUUAACUCCUUAUAAAGUAUUAGCCACUGGUGUUGAUCAAGGUUUGAUGCAAUUCAUUCAUUCAAGUUCUUUAGCAACUGUUUUAAAUGAACAUCAAAAUAAUGUCUUGAGUUACUUUCAGAAACAUCAUCCUAGUUCUGAACCGGGAAAUGUAUAUGGUAUUGAUCCUAAAGUAAUGGAAACUUAUACACGCAGUUGUGCUGGAUAUUGUGUUAUUACAUAUUUAUUAGGUGUAGGUGAUCGACAUUUAGAUAAUUUAUUAUUAUCUCCUGAUGGUCAUCUAUUUCAUGUUGAUUUCGGUUUUAUUCUUGGUCGAGAUCCAAAGCCUUUUCCUCCACCCAUGAAGUUAUGUAAAGAAAUGAUUGAAGCCAUGGGAGGAGCUAAUUCACCUCAUUAUUUAAAUUUCCAACAAUAUUGUUAUACUGCCUUCACAACUUUACGUAGGAAUGCUAAUCUCAUUUUGAACUUGUUUUCUUUGAUGGUUGAUGCCAACAUUCCUGACAUUAAAAUUGAACCUGAAAAAGCCGUAAUGAAAGUACAAGAAAAGUUUAGACUUGAUUUAUCUGAAGAAGCAGCUAUUGCUUAUUUUAGAGGAUUGAUAUCAGAAAGUGUAAAUGCAUUAUUUCCACAAAUAAUGGAAACAGUACACAAAUGGGCUCAGUAUUGGAGAAGAUAAUAAUCACAUGAAAUUUAAGACUUUGUUUUUAGUCAUCUUUUAUUUAACUGGGAAAUAAAUAUUUCAUUUGUUUACUCU